AUGACUUGGCAUUAUUUUUUCCUUCUUUUUUCGGCAACGCUGUUUCAAGAGGCAAAUGCAUCUGAUCAAACUUUUGCUCUCUGUGCUGACCAAAGAGGUUUUAUACGUUGUAAGAAUGGAUCGAAAAUAAAGAUAGUGUUGGCCAACUACGGACGUACAAAUGACAAGGUAUGUCCAGGUGAUAAAACGGACACACUAACCUGUCGAUCAAAAUCAUCAGAAAUCAAGGUCAAGUGGAUGUGCAACGGUUACGCAACUUGUCAUCUACAAGCGUCUAAUAGACACUUCGGAAACCCUUGUGCAAAUAUUUCCAAAUAUUUGGAAGUCAGAUACCGCUGUGUCAAAAAUAUAGACAGGGAUGUAAAAGAUAAAUCAAUCAUUGCCUUUAGUGCGUUCAUAUCAAAACAGUUGGCAUUGCACAGGAAUACGCCAGUAAAUGUUGUGUACGACAAAGUGUUCUUCAACUAUGGUAAUGCGUACAAUUCUCACAGCGGAUUCUUCACAGCGUCAUCUGCGGGGUUAUAUAUAUUCACUUGGACAAGCUUAGUUUUACCUAGAGAAAUAUUUGAUGCAGAAAUCUUAGUUAAUGGACAACGAAAAGGAUUGGGCAAUUGUAACAAUGAAAGUAAUCCCGGGAUAGAAAACUGUGCAAACACAGUGCCUGUAGUUUUAAAAGCUGGAGAUAAAGUAAAUAUUCGAACGACUACAGCAAAUUAUCUGUAUUCACAUUGGUCAAGUUUUAAAGGAUGGAAAGUUUAA